AUGGCUGAACAUAGUUUCUACGCAGUGGGACAUGGCAAGAAACCAGGUGUUUAUGAAAAAUGGGCGGACGUACAGGAACAGGCUUGUUUUCUGACAGUUAUAAAAGAUUUUCCUCAACCAGUUUAUAAGAAAUUUGCUACAAAAGAGGAAGCUGAGGAAUAUGUGAAUGCCCGACGACCGGAAAGGGUUUCAUUGGAAGUGGAUGAGAAAGCAGAUAAAUUUUAUGCAGUUGCUCGAGGAAAAGUUGUAGGAAUAUUUACAGAUUACAAUGAAGUUAAGAAUCAUAUAGCCGAUUAUCCUCAGCCAUUGUACAAAAAAUUCGAAAAACUGGAUGAAGCAAAAGCUUAUUAUAAGAAAUAUUCGAAUGGAGAAGAGGAUGGUAAUCCAAAAGAAUCAAAAGCACAUAAUACACCGGCGGAUAACAAUGAGAAAGAACAAAAUAGCAAAGAACCAUCAUUCUACGCUGUGGCACAUGGCCAUAUAACUGGUGUAUUUAAAACAUGGGAAGAAUGCCAGGAAGCAACGAAGGAUUUCAAAGGUGCCAAAUUCAAGAAGUUUGACAAUGAAGAAGAUGCGACGUUGUUUGUUGAAGGCAGAAACAUAAAGGAAGCAGAAGAUCGUAAGAGGGCUCAUAGUUCAGAUGAUGUCACAGAUGGUGUCGAGGAGAAAUCAGCGAAAAAAGAAACUAAAGCAGAUGUCUGA